GUUCGUUACGGUUCGAUUUUAAGUGAAAAGACUGAGUAAUUGGUUUCUAAUAUCCAAUUCGAAUAUUUUAAAAGUGAUACUUGUGAUACUCUAAAAUUGUGUAUAAGUAAUGCCACGCAAGAAGCGCGCUUCCAGCCCAAUGGAUCAUUUUGACGACGAUUUCGAUGAGGAUGCGAGCUCUCAAAGUUCUCAGCCGCCGGUGCAGCGGAAUGCGGCCAAUGCCCGGGAGCGAAUGCGUAUGCGGGUGCUAUCCAGCGCCUACGGUCGCCUGAAGACCAAGCUGCCCAACAUUCCGCCGGACACGAAGCUCUCCAAGUUGGACACGUUGCGUUUGGCCACGCUCUACAUCAAGCAGCUAAUUACGGCGGUCGAAACGGGCAGCAAUGGCAGCCACACCCACCCGCACCACCAUCCGCACAACCACAGUCACCACCUCAACCACAGCCACUCGAGCACCGCCAGUUCCGACGGCCUGGACACGAGUCACAUGGCAGAGGCCUCUGGAGGAGCCAAUUACCAUUUCCACAACAACGGACACGGCAUGAGCUGGCCCUUUGAGUUCCACCAAAGUAGUCGCAGUCUGGCCUAUGUCUCGUCACCUUCAAUCACCACAACCUCGUCCUCAUCCACUCGCCUGGAUUGGCAAACCCUGCAUCAGCAAUCCUAUCCAAAGGACACGAGAUGCGAAACCCAUGUUGCGGCGGAUCUCAGUUACCAUCAGUUGCCGGAAUCGUCGCAUAAUCACUGGUAUCCGGCGGAAGUGCAUCAAAUGGAGCCAGCGGCAAGCUGUUCCUACGAAACGGGAAUGGGGCAGCAUCAGCGGGGUUUGGCCAUAGCCACCAGUCACUCGCAAGGCAUUUAAAUGGAUUUCCUAUCUUGAUUGUUGUUCUCAUCCAAGCCAAAUGUAAAUUAAUUUACCAACUAGUAAGUGUAUUAAAACGUGAUUUACUUUUACAUGUAUCCAAAGAUUGGUGUUACCUCAUGAUCUUUUA